GUAGCCUCCUAGUCCGACCUAGUUGGUCUGGUCUUGUAGCUGACCGUCUCAUUCUCCUCUAAACCCUAAACCCUCAGAGACAGCCUUCUUGAUCUUUCAUCUGGUUGAUAUUGAAUUCCCUGCAAUGGCUUUCUCCUCAUCUUGCAGGAGAUUUAUCUCCAAAUCAUCUCUAUCGUCCAUCAAAUCAGCCAUCAGGUCAUCCACCGUUCCUAAAUCUCCAUCCUUGCCCACCAGAUCUGCUACUGCUCUCCCAUCAUCCAAACCACCAACCUCCCCUCAAUUCUCCUUUUCCAGGGCUCCAUGUGAGUUGGGAUGCGUUCACUCGCUGCUGCCACUACACAGCGCGGUGGCGGCGUCGAGGAUGACAUCAUGCUUAAGCACUACAUCCAGGAGUUGCCGUGCGCUCUCUCAGGAGCUCGGUCUGUCGGUUCCAAGGUGACCUGUUAAGAGAGAUCACCAUGACUGGAGGUUAACUUCACAUGAUUGGAGAAGCAAGCCCGCAGCUUUUCAUUUUUAUGAGGAAUUGUCUAUUUAUAAAUGCUGCUUGAACCUGGUUUGAUUCUUCGCAACGGAGAGGCUAUUGCUCCCAAGAUGUAAGAAUUAAAAGCUCUUGUUUAAUAAUCUUAACCUAUGCACGAUUCAUCAUAAGUUUUAUUGUGAUUUUAUCCACUUUCUGUUCUUUGGUAACCCUUGAUCCAGAAUCAACAGUCUGUUUGGAAAUACAUAGCAGGCUGCAGCAUGGUCCUCAUAGUCUAGACAAUUUCACUCAAAAGAUAGUUCUAUAUGAAUAAAUUUAUUUCUCUGUACUCUCCUACCUGACCACAAUAUAUCACCAUUGAAUUCUUACAAUGACUCCAUGGAUGACAAAUUUUGGGUCUUCAAUGAGAA